UUGUGACAGUGUCAUUCGGGAAUAUACCGAUAGCGCGCAGAGUAGGCCUACCAGUCUGUUUUAACAAGGGCCUCUCUAUUAACAACCAUAUAGUCUGGAUGUCAGACAGACUGAACUAGAUGUUUCCAUAUAGAACGUGGUGAACGGCAUCAUAGACCACAACUUCGCGUUUACCUGGGAAAGAAACAGAACACUAGCAAGAACACGAUGAGGUAGGCAAGAGUGUCUGAUUGCCCAAGCAGAGGUGCUAGCCUUCAUUGAGCGGUGUAUGUUAGCAGUGGGUUCCAAGCCAAGCCAUGCCAGGAGCCUGGCAGAGGUGCUGGUGGAGGGAGACAGGAGGGGACACUACAGCCAUGGCCUUAAUAGGAUGGACAUAUAUGUGAAGGACGUCCAGACAGGGAUCUGUGCCAAGGAAGGAGAGCCCGUGGUGGAAAAGGAGACAGUUGCUACAGCCCUUGUGAAUGGAAGUAAUUUGCUGGGGGCCGUGGUUGGCAACUUCUGCAUGGACCUAGCCAUCAAGAAGGCCCACAACGUGGGCAUUGGAUGGGUAGUGGCACAUGGGUCGAACCAUUAUGGUAUUGCUGGCUAUUACUCAAUGCAAGCACUAAGAGAAAACAUGAUUGGCAUGUCUUUUACAAAUACCUCACCGCUGGUGGUACCUACACGUGCCAAAGAGCGUACACUAGGCACCAAUCCAAUCAGUGUUGCAGCGCCAGCCCAAGAUGGAGACAGUUUUGUCUUGGACAUGGCAACAUCUGCAGUUGCACUAGGAAAGAUUGAGCUUCAUGACAGGCGUGGGGACAUCAUACCAGAAGGCUGGGGCUGCGAUGCCCAGGGCAAGCUGAGUACAGAUCCAGGAAAGGUGCUUAAUGGAGGAGGACUGGUACCUCUUGGGGGAGGCGAGGCCACAGGUGGUUACAAGGGCUUUGGUCUCGGAAUGAUGGUUGAGGUAUUCUGCGGUAUGCUGGCAGGUUCCCAGUACAGCAGAUACAUUCGCACAUGGAAGGGUACUGACCGAGUAGCAGACCUGGGUCAAUGUUUUGUAGCGAUAAACCCAGCAAACUUUGCUCCGGGGUUCAACAGCAGACUGUCUGAUAUGCUUUCCCUGCACCGAACACUGGAGCCAGCUGAGCCAGGCAUGGUGGUGUUCACCCCAGGGGACCCCGAGAGAAUCCACAUCAGCAAGUGUGAGGAGCUGGGGGGGAUUCCAUACCACAUUAAUGUGGUCAAAUUUAUGAAUGAUUGUGCAAAGAAAAUCAGAGUGAAGCCCCUUUUGCCGUGUGAUAGGCUGAUCUCUGAUAGCUAAUUAUUCAAAUGAAACUUGAUAUCAACAUGACCACCAGCUUACAAAACCAUGUAAAAAAGUACAGUACACAGUAUUUUCUUAGCUAUGAUUGCUUGACCAAAGUUAGUGUGCUCUACUGAUCCAUGCAAACAUUUAUACACUCAUAAACUAUUUUGUUUAUGGACUAAUUGCUAAUCACAUUUUAGCAUGAAUUUGUGUUUUGUAAAAGGGAUAUUAUUAAUUCUAGAGUUUAUCUUUUUAAACAGCACAGUUUGGAAAUACAG